AUGGCGCACCAUGCAGACGGUUCAAAAGCAACUCAAAACCCUCUUAGAGAUGCCAAGGUGGGAGGCAUCUGGCGACUGGGCCGAAAAAUAGGCUCCGGAUCCUUUGGAGAUAUAUACAAAGGCGUGAACGUACAAACCGGCGAAGAAGUGGCCAUGAAGGUCGAGAGCGCAAAGGCGAAGCAUCCCCAGCUAAUAUACGAGUCCAAGUUGUUGAAGCACUUGCAGGGAGCCCCAGGUAUCGCGCAGAUAUAUUACUGUGAUGCGGAAGCAGAUUUCAACAUUAUGGUGAUGGAACUGCUUGGACCAAGCCUCGAAGACCUGUUCAACCUCUGCAGCCGUCAGUUCACGCUUCGCACCAUUCUGUUGAUCGCUGACCAAGUGCUCGAUCGCGUUGAAUACUUGCACAGCAAGAAUUUCAUUCACCGCGACAUCAAGCCAGACAACUUCCUGAUCGGGAGAGUGAACAGUCCCCACCAGAGCUUGAUUUACAUGAUAGACUACGGACUAGCGAAGAAAUACCGUGACUCGAAGACCCAUCAGCACAUUCCAUACAGGGAAAAUAAGAACUUGACGGGGACGGCGCGGUAUGCAUCUAUCAGUGCGCACCUUGGUUCGGAACAGAGUAGACGCGAUGACCUCGAGGCCGUGGGCUAUGUCCUCAUGUACUUUUGCAGAGCGGGGACGCUCCCGUGGCAAGGUAUAAAGGCGAAUACGAAACAAGAAAAGUAUCAUAAGAUCAUGGAGAAGAAGAUGUCUACGCCAGUCGAGGUUCUCUGCAAAGGAUAUCCUCCGGAAUUCGCAACCUAUCUCAACUAUUGUCGGCAGCUUCGUUUUGAAGAUCGCCCGGACUACGCAUAUCUUCGGGGUCUUUUUAAGGAUCUAUAUAUUAAAGAGGGAUUUGAUCAGCCCGAUGGCGUUUUUGACUGGACGCCGAAGCUGGCGGCUCGAAGUUCCACUGUUGGCUAUUCAGGGGAUCGUCUUCAUGGCCAUUGUGCGCAGGAACCACGGCAUCGCUCUCGACGGGAGCAAGACAGGCUUGCACCUGGCCGGAGUCGAGAUGCCAGCAAAAACCAGAUAACUGUUGGUAAUGGCAACUUGGGAAAUCCUUCGAUGGCAACCAACCCCGGCGGCCCCUCAGUGAUGGUUCCGGAGCGUGCGAGUGGUGAAGCAGGCGAGCCAGCUGCAGCGGACGCGCAGCUGCAGGAGGAAGCUUUUGUGUCAAGUCUCCCACGAAGGCAUGAGAGGCAGACAGAGCCUCUAUCGGCACACAGCUAA